UACCGGAGGCAGCGGGGCGGCAACGGCAGCAAGCGGGUCCUUGUGGCCUAGAAAAAUCCUGCAAAAAUGUCUCUGUACCCAUCUCUUGAAGACCUGAAGGUAGACAAAGUUAUUCAGGCUCAAACUGCCUUUUCUGCAAACCCUGGCAACCCAGCAAUUUUGUCUGAAGCUUCUGCUCCCAUCUCUCAAGAUGGAAAUCUCUAUCCUAAAUUGUAUCCGGAGCUCUUCCAGUACAUGGGCCUGAGUUUAAAUGAAGAAGAAAUCCGUGCAAAUAUGGCCGUGGUCCCUGGAGCACAAGUUCAGGGGUUGGUGGCAAGACCUUCUAGUAUGAACUAUAUGGUGGCUCCUGUAACUGGUAAUGAUGUUGGAAUUUGUAGAGCAGAAAUUAAGCAAGGGAUUCGUGAAGUCAUUUUGUGUAAGGAUCAAGAUGGAAAAAUUGGGCUCAGGCUUAAAUCAAUAGAUAAUGGCAUAUUUGUUCAGCUGGUCCAGGCAAAUUCUCCAGCCUCAUUAGUUGGUCUGGGAUUUGAGGACCAAGUACUCCAGAUCAAUGGGGAAAACUGUGCAGGCUGGAGCUCUGAUAAAGCACACAAGGUACUCAAACAGGCUUUUGGAGAGAAGAUUACUAUGACUGUUCAUGACAGGCCCAUUGAACGGACAGUUACCAUGCAUAAGGAUAGUACUGGACAUGUUGGCUUUAUCUUUAAAAAUGGAAAGAUAACAUCCAUAGUGAAAGAUAGUUCUGCAGCCAGAAAUGGUCUUCUCACAGAACAUAACAUCUGUGAAGUCAAUGGGCAGAAUGUCAUUGGGCUGAAGGAUUCUUAAAUUGCAGACAUACUGUCAACAUCUGAGACAGUAGUUACUAUUACAAUCAUGCCUGCUUUUAUCUUUGAACAUAUUAUUAAACGGAUGGCACCAAGCAUUAUGAAAAGCCUGAUGGAUCAUACCAUUCCUUAAAAGUCAUGGCACAAUGGAAACUUCACUGAACUCCAGUUUACUUCUUGGGCAACUUAACUUUAUAUUACACACAUGAAGCUUUCUAGGAGCCAGAGAGCAUAUGCUGCAUGAAGACCUUUCUAUCUUACAUUAUGGCUGGGAAUCUUACUGUUCUGAUUGGAUAUCUUGUUCACACUUCAAGAUCAUUGUAGCCUUAUCCUGGUUUUACUGAUGUGAAACUUUGUACAGAUUUUAACUGAUUUUCAUAGAGUAGUUUCUCUACUGGAAACCUGAUGCUUUUACAAGCCAUUAUGAUUAGAAUGACUGAUACAGGCUUAGCUCUGUGUUAGAACCAGUCACCUUUAUCUUACAUAUCAAGUAGUGCUGUUCAUAUUACUUUAGUUCUAUGGUAUAAUUGCAUUUUUUUAAUGUGUAACCAUAGUACAUGUAGAAUGACUGCUUUUGAUGUUUUUUUUUUAGUUCUGUGUGUGUGUGUGUGUGUGUGCGUGUAAAAUACCAAUUAAGUACACUGGUUUCAUUCCAUGUAAGCAUUAUACAGUGUAUGUAGGUUGCUAGAGAUUGUGUUGAUCAUCAUUUAAUUAGAACUACCUUUACUUAAUAUGCUUCAACUGUCGCCUUAACUGUGUUAAGCAUCUAGAAUAAAAGCCCAAAUACAACUAUUGCUGCCUUUCUAAAACCCAAAAUGCAGUUCUGUGUUAAACUGAAAUGUACACUAGCCCAGAACAAUG